GAACUACACACUCUCUCUCUCUCUGCGUUGCGAUUUCUUCAAAAUCCUGAAUAUAUUUUUUUUCCUUCCCCUUAUUUUCCGUGUGUUUCUCUAUUUUCCCUUUCUUUCACGCACCCUCUCUAUCAAUUUUGAAUUUUAAUGGCUUGUUAUUACUCAUCGCAGCUCAACCUAGCUUCGAACUUCUUCUUGCUGCUGUUGUUUUCUGUUUUCUCCCCAAAUUCUGCACAGUUGAAUUCCAUAGAAAACGAGAUUCUCAAAUCAGCUUCCUUUCAGAUUCCGAUUAUCAAGCCUUGUACCUGCUUUUGACGAAUAUAUCCCAAACACACACAGCUCAAAGUAGAGAAGAAAAGAGGGAAAAGCCGUUGACACGAAAAAUGGGAAAGCGUAAUUCUCAACGGAAGAAUGCUGCAGUAUUGUUGGACAGUGAUGAUGAAGGUAGUGUGAGUUCAUCAUCGAGUGCCCGAACUGACAAAAUGUCGGUGACAGGGAACGAAGAGGUGCACGUUGAUCAGGAGACUCUGCUCGAUCAAGCUCUUGAUGCAUUAGAUGAGAAAAGGGGUUCUACAAGGGAGAAAGCUUUGUCAGUGAUUAUUGAGACAUUUAAUAGUAAUAUGCAGCAUCAGUUUGUGGAGAAGAAAUUUGCUACUUUAUUACAUUCUUGUCUUGCUUCAAUAAAAAAAGGAUCCAAAAAGGCAUCUGCAAAGGAGAUAGCAUUGGCAUCUCAUGCAAUCGGUCUUUUGGCCAUUACUGUUGGUUGUGGUGAUAAUGCACGAGAAAUAUUUGAGGAAUCAGUUAAUACCCUGGAUGAGUAUCUUACAUCUAAGUCAAACGCUACAAAAAUUCCGCCUUUUCUGGAAUGUUUGGCUAUAAUCACCUUUGUUGGUGGGAAUGAUGAAGAGGAAACUCAGAGAUCAAUGGACAUAUUGUGGAGAGUGAUUCAUCCCAAAUUAGGUUCCAAUGUAGUUGCGGCCAAACCUUCUGCUCCAUUAAUAACUGCCGUGGUAUCUGCAUGGUCCUUUCUCCUCUCUACCUUGAGUGAAUUGAAACUGAAUUCAAAAUUUUGGCAAAGUUCCAUAUCUUAUUUAUCUAGUCUUCUAGAAAAGGAAGAUCGGUCGGUACGCAUUGCUGCUGGCGAAGCACUGGCUCUAAUUUUCGAUAUUGGCAGCAUACAGAAAUUUUCUGCUGCAUCUGAGAGCACAGGUGAUAUGACGCAAGAAGAGAGUAAAGUGCAGGAAAGUUACAUACAUUUACAAGGAUUGAAAGGGAAGGUAAAAAAUCAAGUUGAGAACCUUUCUGUUGAGGCCGGGGGAAAAGGUUCUGCUAAGAAAGAUCUUAAUACUCAAAGGAACUUGUUCCGAGAUAUCUUGGACUUUUUUGAGUAUGGUGACUCUCCUGAAAUUUCAAUGAAGAUUGGUGGCGAUUCACUGCAGACAUCAUCUUGGUCCCAAAUGAUACAGUUGAACUAUCUCAAGCACUUUUUAGGGGGAGGAUUCAUCAAGCAUAUGCAGGAAAAUGAGUUCCUUCAUGAUGUUUUUAAUUUCACCCCGAAGAAAAGAUAUCUUGGUGGCAAUGAACCCCGAAUGUCCAGUGGUGAAAAGAGAAUGUUCAAGUCUCCAAAUUCCGUUCAGAACAAAGCAAGGACUCAAUUGCUUAAUAAACAACGAUUGUUAUCUGAGGGUAGAAACUUAGGUCAUUAUGCAGCUAAUGCAGGUGAUGAUGAAGCAUGAGCUUUGGAUUGGAGUGGAACUACUUAUUUGCUGGGAUGAUGUUCACUUGAGAAUUUGUUCACUAAUCUUAUACUUCAUCAUUUUCUGCUAUUAUUGUUAUUUUGACUUAAUGGCUAGGAAUCUUAUUUUUGCAUGUUGUCCCAGCAUGACAGAAUAUUUUCUUGUUAUGUACAUAGGUGGCCCCAAAUAUUUAUGCCUUCUCUACAUUGUGGUGGCCUAUGUGAUCAAGAAUGCAACAUUAUAUAGAAACUAGAAAUUAAUGUAUAAUUCUUGUUCUCAUUUUA